CCGGCAGCGCCAUGCAGCCUCCCCUUCCUCCUCCUCCUCUCCCUCCUCUCCGGCUCUAAGUCAAUGCCAUGCUGCCGCUGCUCCUCCCGGCACUGCUGGCCGCCUGCCUGCCACCCUGCCAGGGCUGGAGCCCCGCGGCGGCUGCCAGCGGGCAGGAGGAGCAGGAGCAAGAGCUCUUCUUGCCCCCUGUCAACUCCUCCUCCCGCUCCUUGGCCAGCCUCGAGAUGGACCUCGAAGGGGCAACAAGCAAGGAGGAAGGCGGCACCGCCAGCCCGGGCACGCCGGCUGCCCCUAGCCAAGAGCCUUCCCCCUCCGCUCCCACCUCCUCCGGGCAGCAACAGCAGCGGCCCCAGCCGCAGGGGCAGCCGCAGCCCGCCGAGGACCCGCACUGCAAUAUCAGCGUGCAGCGGCAGAUGCUGAGCUCGCUGCUGGUGCGCUGGAGCCGCCCGCUGGGUAUCCAGUGCGACCUCCUGCUCUUCUCCACCAACAGCCACGGGCGGGCCUUCUUCUCCGCCGCCUUCCACCGCGUGGGGCCGCCGCUGCUCAUCGAGCACCUGGGGCUGGCGGCCGGCGGCGCCCAGCAGGACUUGCGCCUCUGCGUGGGCUGCAGCUGGGUGCGGGGCAGGCGGGUCGGGCGCCUCCGGGGCGCCGCACCCCAGGCUGCCGCCGCCGCCUCCUCGCUCACCUACCCGCCGGCGGCGGAGCCCGGCCAGUACUGGCUGCAAGGGGAGCCGCUGAAUUUCUGCUGCCUGGAUUUCAGCCUGGAGGAGCUGAAGGGCGAGCCGGGCUGGCGGAUGAACCGCAAGCCCAUCGAGUCCACCCUGGUGGCGUGUUUCAUGACUCUGGUCAUCAUUGUGUGGAGCGUGGCCGCCCUCAUCUGGCCGGUGCCCAUCAUCGCCGGCUUCCUGCCCAACGGCAUGGAGCAGCGCAGGAGCACCGCCGCCUCCGCCGCCGCCGCCGCCGCCAAGUAGCCUGCCGCGGCUCCUCCCGGGGACCCCCUUGCUUCGUCGUCUGGUGUGAAGGGACGCGGGCGGCCGCCGCCCGCCGGACUGGACUCUGUCGCGCUGCCCGUGCCGUGUUUUUUCUUGUUUAAAGCGUGUCAAAGGUGUGCCG